CCACCUGCAAAUAACACCGGCUUAAUAUUUUUAGACAAAAGAGGGCGGGCUCAUCUCUAAUGGCGACGUAGACGAUAGCUAGCUCGCUACGCGAAUGAGGUAGAAAUGCAGAACCAAAACAACAAUAAUACAAUGAUCAGCAGACAGUCCGGUAGCCGCAGUGGAACACCCAACUCUAUGGUGGUCCUGGAACAAGGACGAGACAGCCCAACAAGACCGCCCUCUGGUAGACGAUCGGUCAACAGACGAUCGCCACUUAAGAGAGGAGGCAGCUCCUUGGAAAUACUACCAGCGGAAGAAGAUGAUAGUAGUAGAACCCCAAGUAGACUCAGCAAUACGGGAGCCAACACUGACAGCCAGCGUCAAACUCAGAGCGCUGGAUCCGUCAGUCGACUCAGCUUCACAGAGGAUGAACUAGGCAACGGUGAUGGGAAGGGAGGAGGGGUGGGGCUUAAGAGAAGUAGCAGCAUCGACAGGAGGGCGGAGGUGAUAACGCCAGACUCGCCCAGGAAGCAGGUUUAUCUGACGACAGUGAAGAGGAACUUUGAGCAACACGGAAUGCCAAAAAAUGAAGAGCUGGCCAAAGCAGUUCAGAACCUUCCUUCCCUUCAGAAUGGGGCAAUUAGUAAUUCACCAUCCUCCACGCACAAAACUCACGACUCGUCCCACAGAAAACAGCACGGAGAGAGGUCAGACCGACUGGAAACAGACGCAGAAAACAAUGACUUGAAACAGCCAGGAGAUGUUGAGAAGGGUCUGGAGAGGUUGACACUGGGAGAGGCUGGAGGUCAUGGGUCAGAUGUCAAAGGUCAUGACGAUGAGAUGAAUAAUACUGGUUCAUAUUACAUCAGCCAUGGAAGCACUUCCAACAGCUCAAAAGCAUCAGCCAGUGUUUCAUCCAGUGCGGAAAAUGACUCUUACUAUCUGACUCAUGACAGAGCUACGUCGUCUGCAACUUCCGAGACCGCACAAACUGCCACGGAUAAGACGGAGGAACCUACUACACAAACAGACCAGGAAACAGGGACAACCUCGUCCAGCAAAGUCACGGAGGAGGCAGAUGAUGAGAAUGAAAGCAACGAUGAUGAUGAUGAUGAUGAAGAAGAAGACAAUGAAGAGGAUGAAGAAGGCAAAGCCCCCUUCCAGCUUCUUGGAGAGUUCCUGGAAGCAGUCAUGGAGGAAGACUAUGAAAAUGCUGAGAAGCUGUGUAAAAUGGUUCUGCUUUAUGAACCGGAAAAUGCUGAAGCAAAGCAGUUCCAGCCCCUGAUUGAAGAAAUGCUGAAAAGAGAGCGGGAAGCUCAGUUGUGGGGAAGUGAAAGCGAAGAUGAAGAUGACGAUGCUGAUGAUGACGAUGAUAACAGCGAUGACGGGGAUGAUGACGAUGACAGUGACGAUGAAGAUAGUGACGAGGAUGAAGAUGAUGAAGAGAGUUCAAGUGAGGAAGAGGAAGACGAGGCAAAUGAGGACAAAUCAGACACACACGUUGAGAAGUGACAAGUUUUUCUGCAAGUAUAUUUUUCUCUAUAUAAUCUCAAAGCCUUUCCAUAAAAUCUUUGCACUGGGUCCCUUCAACAACAAGUGGACAUCGUACCCAUUUUACAGACGUCAUCUUUAUGAGUACCAUAGUUUACAUGCAUAGUGAGUAGGUGUGUUAUUGCAGGUUGGCCUUGUAUGCUGCAAAAAGGAAACUAAACAAAAAGGUCUUCUUCGUACCUUACUGUUCCUGUUGGCCGAGUGGAAUGGAACAUUCCAUCUGUCACUGAAUGAAAUUAUUCUUUCCAUUGCAUAAAUGGAAAACACUUAUUUAUUGAAAUCCUCUUCAUCUGAUUGGUAAUAGUGUGACUGUGCAAUGGAACUAUUUACCGUGAACUUCUAUGUUUGAAGUGCGGCGGGCCGUGGGUUGGGAUGAAUUAUUCAGUCACAUGUGAUCAACAACCCACCAAUCAGAAGACGGGGAUUUAUUCAGGCAUUGUAUAAUCUAAUCUAGUUGACUACAGUUGACUCUCAUCGUCUGAAAUCUAACAGACCUGCCCAAAACGUUCACUAUAUCUGAAUUUUGAUUAAAGUGAGCCAGUUUUCACAUUCAUCGUGCACAUACUGAUGUACUUACAAAUGUACGUGCAUUUAAAAACUGCAAAACAUUUUCAGGGUUAAAAACCUGCUGGCAUUAUGCAUUCAAAACUUCUACAAUUGCACGUUUUUGAUUUCAUAAAAAAAAAGCAACCAGAAAGCAAUAUUGUAGAGAGGAUACGCAAGUGAAUCCUUGGAUGCAGUUUUUGGCAACUCAUUUGACUGUCAGAAGUUUGUAAGAAAACAAUCCGUCCUAACUUGUUGUGUACAAAUGUAUGUAUAUAAAUAAAUGUUAUUAAGUGUAAAUAUUCCAAACAUAGUAUUCAUUAAUCCGGCCUUAAAUAUUGCAGCAGUAUUAUAUGAGCAAUUGAAAAUGUAAACAUUAAACAGAAGUUAUGCCGUCCAAUGUUUUUUUUAAAUUUUUUUGUAAAUUUUUUUUAAAGGCAUGAAGUGUUCUUGAAAUAUAUUUAUAUUCGGUUGUUACUUGGUGUAAAUUUCAUUGCGGUUGAUGAUUACUUGAUUUUUGUGCACAGUGAUAAUAAAGGCUUCUGUUUUAAAAAAAAA